AUGCGGGACGUCCUCAAGACCGAAGAACUCGACAUUCCCGAGGGGGUCACUGUCGAUAUCAAGUCCCGCCUCAUCACCGUCAAGGGCCCCCGCGGAACGCUGACGAAGAAUGUCCGUCACAUCGACAUGGACAUCCGGCUCCAGAAGGGCAAGACCAACAAGGUCGCGCUCGCGGUAUGGCAGGGCGGCCGUAAGCACGUUGCGUGCCUACGAACAAUCCGGUCCCUCAUUGUCAACAUGAUCACCGGUGUCACGAAGGGCUUCCGGUACAAGAUGCGUGCUGUGUACGCCCAUUUCCCCAUCAACUGCAUUGUUCAGGAUGGUGGUCGUGCGCUGGAAAUCCGUAACUUCUUGGGCGAGAAGAUCGUACGGAAUGUUGCGAUGUUGGAUGGUGUCACCGUCUCAGAGUCAAAAUCACAGAAGGACGAGCUCAUCCUCGAGGGUAUCGACGUUCAGAACGUGUCACAGUCCGCCGCGUCGAUUCAAGGUCUCUGCCGUGUGCGGAACAAGGAUAUCCGUAAGUUCCUCGACGGUAUCUACGUCUCGGAGAAGGGGACGGUCGAGCAGGAUUGA